AUGCAUCAACAUCAACAGCAAGAGGCAAGCAAUAGUGUCCACGAACAUCCUGACCUUGUUCGUCUGGUGAGAACAUGCCCCCCCCCCGGUCGAAACUCCCGAUGCGAACUGACACUUGGUGACGGUUCACUUGCCCAGUUAAAUCCGUCCCAACUCCCCUUUUCUGAAAGAUCAACUUCCACAGAAUGGGAGGCCAUUUUCCAACCGUAUCUCGCGGCCGCUCUGCAGCGCCACGGGCAGUAUACCCAAUCAGCUAUUGAACAGCAUUUGAACUUCUUCACGACCUAUGUCGUCGCUUGGAUGGGUCUCGGGCCUUCACCCGAUCCUACUACCGGUGCUCUCGUUCCUCCUUAUCCCUCCUCGUUGACGAACGACCACACCCCUUUCGAGCUCAGCUGCUGCUGGAAAGGUAGCAGGCAGGAUGGUCGGGCCAUCGUGCGCUAUGUGAUCGAUUUGAUCCCGUCCAGCGGCGAGAUCUCUCGCUUGGCUGCGUUUCGAGAAGCGCUUCAUGUCAUGGGCAUUCUUGAGAAAGUCUCCCAAGAACAGAAUAAAAAGGAAGAUACCUUGUCGUUGUAUGCAUUCCCUUCCUUGUGGCGGGAGAUCACCAAAAAGAUAAUUGACAAUGAGCAACAAACACAUGUUCAGCCGUGUACUCGGUGCUCCCCGUCCGGCGUCUUCGUGGCGUUUGAUCUCGUCGCGAGUGCGGCCUUUGCUAAGGCAUAUUGGUUAUUUCCUGCAUGCCAAAAGACAUCAACUCUCCUCACAUCCGUCGAGGAUACCCUCAAAGCAGCCGAGGAAACCGAACCAGCAAUGUUUUCCACAUUGCUAGAGAAUUGGGCCAAGGUGGCCGCACAUAUGACGGCCAACCAAGACAUCCUCCAGCCACGGAUGCUGUCAAUCGACGCAACCAAGUACCCUGUCCCACGGGUGAAGGUAUAUGCCCGGCGCAUUUUUAUCGAUUCCAACAAGUUUAGCGAUAUCGAGCCCCAUCUAAGCCUAGGCGGUAGUAUCCCCCUACCGGAGCCUUUCCGCCGGGCAUGUGAAAGGCUCUGGAGCUCCUUGGUUGGUCCGGAGGAUUCUGUGCCGGGAAAAGGGCCCAAGUACAGCCUCUUGCUAUAUGAUAUCCCCACCGGUGCGCCAGGGGAGGAGUCUGGUAAGGUGUCGGCAAAGUUAUACAUUAUGUGUCAGGAGAUCCCGCGCGUUGACUCGUUCGUCGCGCGGAAGUUAUACGAUAACUGCCCUCUUCUACAGGAUUCAGAGUUAAUCAAGGAGCUUGCCGCUAACUCGGAACCUACUGCCUUCAUAUGCGAGUGA